AGCGUUCCGUGCUCUUCACUGUUCUGACACAUUGGGGAGUUUUUUUUCGGGCUACAUGGAUAGAGAUAAAUAUUGGGAUUCUUGCGGUGCGCUCGGUAGUUGAGGUGAAACGUCGAUGUGGCAAUUAAAAAGAAAAUAUUACGCUGAAAAAAAUGUGAUCAAAAUAAUAACAAAUAAAGUUUCAUCAGAGAUCACUUUACUUAAUAUAGUGCCUUGCUAUCGUUCAGAAAUAUUAAUUCAACAAAAAGAAAAGUACAUUUUAAAGAUUAAAUCAUAAAACAAUUCCAGAUUUUUGUUGUAACUCUACUAACGCAGUAGUCCAAAUGGUUUUAGAUCAUUUCUAGUCAAACAACAAAUAGCACGAAAAACUAAAAACAAAAUUAACUUAACGAUAACGAAAUAUAUUCAAUUCAAUUUUAUUUGGCGUCACUUUGCAGUUUAGCAACACAUUUAGUUCUUGAGUUGACGAAUUCUGCACUUAAUACAAAUGGACGACACUCCACCAGAGGGGGGCACACUGCCGGGACAGAUGCCGAGUCCUGUGAUUCGGGGGACGAUCAAAAUUCUCUAAAUUCUGACUGCCCGUCCGUUCCGAAUGGAAUGGAUUGGCUAGUGCGUAGGCAGUAUUUACGUGAAAUGGUUAAAGCACUGCCAGCUUCAGUUCAAAACAGACUUGUGGUGCUCAAAAAUCUGCAGGUGGAGACUCUAAAAAUCGAGGCCGAAUUCUAUGAGGAGGUAAAAAAGCUGGAGCAGAAAUACCAGCUCAAGUAUCAGCCCUUGUUCGAUAAGCGCAAGGAAGUUGUCGUCGGGACAGUGGACCCCGCUGUGGAGAAGCCGAACUGGACAGACCCUGAGGACCCGCUUACAGAAUUCAAGUGGAAGUCCCACUUCAUUAAAUCACUGAAGAUUUUCAAAAGUAUUCGUCAGGAUACGACGGGCAUUCCCGCAUUCUGGCUAACAAUUUUCCGCAAUGUCGCUAUUCUGUCGCAGAUGAUUGAGUCAUGCGAUGUACCAGCCUUGCUCAAACUAACAGACGUUGCCAUCAAAUACGAUGACGGGCACUCGUACACUCUGGAGUUUCAUUUCGACAAGAAUGCGUUCUUUUCGAACACGGUGCUCACAAAGCGCUACGUUGUGAAGUCCAGUGUUGACCCAGAUAGUCCGUUUGCCUUCGAAGGACCGGAAAUUGCCAGCUGCUCGGGAUGCGAAAUUAACUGGAAGAAGAAAAUGGACCUGACUGUCCACUCAACCAUGAAGACGCAAAAGCAUAAGGAGCGUGGCACAGUGCGCUACACUUCCGAACAAGUUCCCAUGGACACGUUCUUUAAUUUCUUCAACACACCAGAGGAUCCAGUCGAUGUUGAAUCACGGCAAAUACUGGCAGCCGAUUUUGAAAUCGGUCACUUUCUGCGGUCCCAAAUCAUUCCAAAGGCAGUGCUCUACUUCACUGGUGACAUUGUCGAUGGUAUGGAUGAUGAUGACUCCGAAGAGGAAGAGGAAGAAGAUUAAUUCGAUUGGAACGAUGAAAACUAAGAGGCACCACAGAUGAACAUAUGCCGCAAACACAAAACGGUCUCCCCAUGACUGCCCCAACCAUUAGGCAUAUCCUCAAGUAUUUCAUCGUUCAAGUUAAUUCAAUACAAUUCAAUAUAUAUCUAUCUAUAUUUAUUCUGUAAAACAAAGUCGGUUU